AUUUGACAUUUCACUCAAACGACCAAAUAAUGAGUUAAUAGUGAAGUGUUUUAUCAUCAAAAGUCAUCAAAACUGGCAAAUCAUUGAAUUAAACGUGUGUUUGAUGUGAGAGUUAAUACAAUUUGAAUGAUUAAGUGAUGCCUUAUAUGGCUAUUCAUGUCAAUUGAAUACAACAACUGUUUUGAAGACAUUUCUCAUUUCAAUAUAAUUACCUGUUUUGUGAACAAUUGACACGAAAGUGAAAUCAAUUGCAAACAAUGACUUCCUGUGAAUCAGUUGCCGCCGAAGACAAAGACUUUGAUGUCUUGAUUAGUGUCACGAGCGAUGAAUACAAUUAUUUGGAUUCAACGGACGCAUGGCUCACAUCUGAUGCAAACUCGACAUUUGGCUGCACUUCAGACAAAGACAUCAUUGAAUGGAUUCGCAGUGCCUUUUGUAGGGAGAGGUCGCGCGGGACUCACAUGUCUUUAGUGAACCAAUUGGACGACAUGAAGACAUUGAGUGCCGCCAUCGACUCGAGAACUUUUACCCGAAACAAACAGCGACAGAAACGCCAGUCUCUGUUCAACGGAACCGCUCUGUCGUCCCUCUGCUCGCCAGUCAAUGAAGACGAGUACUCGAGUCCGGAGGCCAACGACAAGACAUUUGAAGUGCAGACACAUAACAGGUCUCUGAACGGGACGUUCACCAAAACCAUUGCCGACAAUACAUUUACGCUGACAACUGAUCCCGAGAUGCAACUCAAUAACAUCGAUGACGUCGAGAAGAUCGCCAAACGUCAAGAGGACAGUCUUCGCCAGAGUUGUGCUAAUGGCUGGUCCUCUCAACACAAGUCUCCGAAUAGGAGUUAUUUAUUAGAUAAUAAUAAAAGUCAAUCCUAUUUAAGAAAUCCUAACAUCAACUCAAAUACUUUGACCAAAAGUCGGGGUCAUAUCAGACAAAGAGUGCCCGACGUUAUGAUGAAUGACUUGGAUGUGAACGACGACGAAGAGGUGAUGGACGAAGACAACCAAUACUACGAUCAGAUGCUGUCACCCGAGAGUUUCGGUUCUCAUUUGAUGGACAAUUCGAGCACUCCGUUGGUGCCGAAGAACCGAACCAUUCUUCAGCAAAGUAUACGACAGCCGAUUGGCUCUAAGAUAAUGCCAGACGUGAGUAAUCUUCGGUCGCACAGCAGUUAUGGCGGAUCCAAAAUCGGCAGAAGUGAGCCCAACCUCUCGCGACGACUGCAGCCGAUGGCCAAAGGAGUGGCUUAUAAUCCAUCGAAAGGCAAUCCAAUGGCAAAUCGGAUGCAACAGAACUCUUCGAACCGAACUUUUCUGGAGUCAAAAACUCCGAGCGAUUCGCGGCUUAUGGUUAGGAAUGGGUUAGGCUUUCAAAAUCAUAAUCAAAUGCAAACCGUUGGGCGCAAUACAUCUCCGCCGCCCUCUCAGAGCCAACAGAUUCUCAACAGAAAAGUUGCGGUUGAGGGCGAGCUUAAUAGCACAACCACUACCACUAAUCUCUGUAGAAAAUCCACUUUUCGGGUGCGAGACUAUGCUAUUAAUAACGAAGACAAUGGUAUUGACUGCUUAGCUAACGGUACCAAUGCCUCAACCAAUGGCUUUCACACUAACAAAAUACACAAUAAUAAUAAUAGUGUCCAAAGAAAUGUGUCCAAAAUUCCCGGACCGAAGACUAAUAGAUCCGGAAUUCCAGUCUGUGGUCCGCGCACAGCAAUCCCGGGCCCAGUAAACUCCCGGCCCGCUCAGCCUAUCGAUAACUCGUGGAAAAAUGGAUGCUUUUAAUGGAUUUUAUUCAUUUGAUUCUUAAUUAUUUAAAUUUCUUUGUUUGUUACGUGAUUUUAAAUCUAAAUCUUUUUUAUAUUAAUAUUAAUAUUAG